AUGGCUGCGUCCCCGGCGGGGUCGGUGGUGAGCGCCGGGCUGGAUGAAAGCCCCACGGGGCUGAGCCCAGCCCCCGGGAAAGAGCUGAGCCCGGUGCUGCUGUGCAAGGUGUGCGGGGACACCAGCAGCGGGAAGCACUACGGCAUCUACGCCUGCAACGGGUGCAGUGGCUUCUUCAAGCGCAGCGUCCGCAGGAAGCUCAUCUACAGGUGCCAGGCGGGGACAGGACUGUGCCCAGUGGACAAGGCUCACCGCAACCAGUGCCAGGCCUGCCGGCUCAAGAAGUGCCUGCAGGCUGGCAUGAACAAGGACGCUGUGCAGAACGAGCGCCAGCCCCGCAGCACAGCCCAGGUCCAGCUGGACAGCAUCCAGCUGGAUGCUGAGCUGCCCCCUGAGCACGUGGCCACCACAUGUGAGGUCCCCCCGUCACCCUGUCCGGCUCCUCGUGGUCCCGGUGCCGCUGUCACCCUGGGCCCCCGAGCGCCCACUCCACCCACCAACCAUCGCUUCAUGGCCAGCCUGAUGACAGCCGAGACCUGCGCCAAGCUGGAGCCUGAGGACGCCGAUGAGACGGUGGAUGUGACGGGCAGUGAGCCGGAGCGCGCAGCUGGCGAGUACCAGGUGGCGCCGUACCCGGCAGCCAGCCCUGAAAACAUCUACGAGACCUCAGCACGUCUCCUCUUCAUGGCUGUGAAAUGGGCCAAGAACCUGCCUGUCUUCUCCAACCUGCCCUUCCGCGACCAGGUGAUUCUGCUGGAGGAAGCAUGGAGUGAGCUGUUCCUGCUCUGUGCCAUCCAGUGGUCCAUGCCCCUGGAGAGCUGCCCGCUCUUGGCUGUCUCUGAGCCAGCCCCUGGGAAGCUGCUGCCGGCCACCCUGGACAUGCGGGCGCUGCAGGAGACCCUCGGCCGCUUCAAGGCUUUGGCCGUCGACCCCACGGAAUUUGCCUGCAUGAAGGCCGUGGUGCUCUUCAAACCAGAGACCCGUGGCCUGAAGGACCCUGAGCAGGUGGAGAACCUGCAGGACCAGUCACAGGUGAUGCUGGGCCAGCACAACCGCUCCCACUACCCUGGGCAACCCGUCAGGUUUGGGAAGCUGCUGCUGCUCCUGCCAGCGCUGCGCUUCAUCUCCUCGGAGCGCGUGGAGCUGCUCUUCUUCCGCCGCACCAUUGGCAACACCCCCAUGGAGAAGCUGCUGUGUGACAUGUUCAAGAACUGA